UUGUCAUUGGUGCUUAAUACUUAAAAAGGGUGCAAACCCUCUAAUCAUUUUAAACAAUUGACAAAAAAAAUUGAUAGAUAUCACGAAAGCACUUUUUUUAGGAGUGUUGCUUUGCUUAGUGGUGGAGUCCUAUGAUGUUCACUUUGGAACAACCACAAAGAAAAUGUCAUGUCCCAAAGAAGAAGCUCUUCUUAAACUCUUCAACAAUGUCUCAACCUCUUUCCAGCUUCCCUUCCUACUACUCUUUUUCUCUGCCGUUUUUCUUGUCACAUUCUUAACCUUCACCGGAAGAUUCCCCUUAAUCCAAAGAGAUAAAAAAUAUGAAUAUGUUUUUUCUGAUGACGAAGAAGAGGAAGAAGAAGAAGAAAGUGAAGAAGAGUAUUCUUGUGUGGAUUCUUACGAGGGACAAGACAUCAAAUGUGGUAGGGAUACCCUUUUGUUUAUGAACAAGGAAGAACAUCUUUCUUCUUAUUCUGAAGAAUUCAUUAGCCCACGAGAGAGUUUUGUUGAAGAAAAUGAAACAUUGUCAAUUCAUAACUCACCACAAGUUUCUGACUUCGAAAACCAACAACACUUUCAAUCAAGAGAUUUUGUUGAUUCUGUUCAAAAUUAUGCUCAAUUUGAAAGCAGCCCCACCUCGAUCAACUUGAACCUAUACAAAAACUAUAACGAUGAUGAAGUUGGAAUGAUUAAAAACAAGAAGGUGCAGGAAGCAAGCAAGAGAAGGGAUGAGAGAUUAUUUGUUUUUGCUUCUAAACAAUUGAAGAGUAAGAAGUUAAUUGUUGAUGAAGAGAAAGCUAUUGAUGACUCCUUUUCUGAAUGGAGAAGCUCCAUUCAUUGCAUGGAUUCAGGAACAGAAGAUGAUGAUGCACUUUCUUCUACUUCAUCUACAAGAAGUUGCCCCAAAUGGGAAUCAUAUACUUUGUUUCAAACAUAUGAUGAUCAAGAAAAUGCAUUCUUAGACAGAAUUAAUUCACAAAACAAACUUCAUGAAACUGCGUGUUUAGGAUCAAUUCAAAUGUCUCCAAGAUCAAUUUCAGAACGCAUUGCAAACAAGUUUUCAAGUAUAAACAAAAAACCAAGUGAUUUGAGUUACAACCAAUAUUAUAAUGAACUAGAGGCUGCAUAUGUUGCACAAAUUUGCUUAACAUGGGAAGCACUUAGUUGGAACUACAAAACAAUUUGUUCCAAACAUGUUUCACAAUCGUGUCGCGAUCUUGAUAUCGGUUGUCCUGCCACCAUUGCACAACAAUUCCAGCAGUUUCAGGUUUUGUUGCAGAGAUACAUUGAGAAUGAGCCUUAUGAGAAUGGUAGGAGACCUGAAAUCUAUGCCAGAAUGAGGCUUUUAGCACCAAAGUUACUCUUAGUUCCAGAAUAUCAAGAUUCAGAGGAUGGCCAGAAGGAUAGUGAUUUUGACACUAAGAUAUCAUCAGCUUCAUUCCUUAAGAUAAUGGAAGGUGGAAUUAGAACAUUCAUGAAUUUUUUGAAGACUGAUAAAAAAAAAUCAUGUCAGAUCCUAAAAUAUUACUUUAAGAGAAACAGAAGAGGCAUGGUUGAUCCAACACUACUCAACCUAAUGAAGAAAGUUAAUCAAAAGAAGAGAAUGAAAAUUAAGGAUAUUUUCCAUUCAGGCAAAGGCUUAAGAAAGAUAAAGUUAAAGUCGGAAGAGGAGAUGGAGAUACUAAUGGCACUAAUAGACCUAAAAGUGGUGUCAAGGGUUCUAAGAAUGAAAGAGUUAAAUGAAAAACAGUUGAAUUGGUGUGAAAAAAAGAUGAGCAAAGUAAGGGUUGUGGAAGGGAAACUUUGUAGAGAUUAUUCAACUCCACUUUUUCUUCCCCUCACAUUAAAUUCAGUGGAGAUUCAAGAGUAAAGCUAUUAAAAAAUUCACAUUAAUUUUUGUUAAACAAAAAAUCACAUAUAUAGAUAAAAUGGUCAUAUACAUAU